CCAGUUUAUAAUUGAAUUACACAUUUAAUUGCAAACAAAGAGUGCCAUGGUGUGUAAUCCAUUGCACUUAUUGCUAAGCUAAUCGUGACAGCUGCUGUCCGCCUACACAAAGCAGCAUCUCCCCUGUCACUGUUAGCCAGUUAGCUCUUAGCUAGCUGUCAGCGGCAAAGAUGUUAUUGUAGCGAGUCUACCUGACUCUUGCUGACCUUCAGUGGCGAUUGGCCCCCUCAGCCAUCUGUCGACAUGCAAGGAUUCUACUCCAAGCUGGACUCCUCCCCCGCCUCGUCCCCGUUAUUGGGGGUGGGCCUCGGGGGAGAAGGUGCUCCACCACCUCUCAGCCUGGCUGUGGAGACGGAGAAAGCUCAGGCUCUUCUACAGACAUUCAGCUCCGCCUCUCUGCUGGCGUCUGCAGGACUCGGGAUGUUCUGUGUGGUGGCGGACCACGCCCUCCAGCUGUCUGUCAUCCAGAACCACCUGUGGCUGCGCGCCACCUUGGACAACGGAACACAUGGAUUGGUGGGGCUGUGGUCAUGGGCAAUUGUUAUCGGACUAAGGAAAAAGAGUGAUCUGUAUGAGGUGCUGCUUGCCUGUCUUCUGGCAUCAAUCAUAGACCUGGACCACUUCUACAUGGCUGGAUCCCUGUCACUCAAGGCUGCCGUCUCGCUCCCUCAGCGUCCUCCUCUACACUGUUCCUCUCUCAUCCCCAUCAUCUGUCUCUCCCUCCGCUUCCUCAUGUGGAUCGGGCGCCUCAAAGAUGCUUGGUGCUCCUUGCCGUGGAUGAUUUUCAUUUCCAUGGCGACCCACCACAUCCGGGAUGCUGUGCGCCGCGGUUUGUGGGUGUGCCCAUUCGGCAACACGGCGCCGCUCCCUUACUGGCUGUACGUCAGCACCACGGCAACGCUUCCUCACCUGUGUUCAGUGCUCAUGUAUCUGACGGGAACCAGGGACGUGAUCUCCACCAAACACGGGGUGGCCAUAGAUGUUUAGAAGUCACGACUUACCAACAACAUCUAAUGCUGAUCUGGUAUCAAUCGCCUCUGGGCAAAAAUGUUCUUCGCUGUUUCAAACAACUUUAAGAUGCUUGAAUUACUGGAGAAAACCUUUCUGGCACUAGUCUCGAAUGGCACUUAAAAGAUGAUGUUGAAAGAUUAAUUUGAAACAUGUUUUUUUGGCGUAGUUGGAGAGAAAUGUCGGCUAAGAAUCCUUUUUUCCAGCCACAAGGAUGAGGAAACUGUCAAUACAUAAUAACGGGAAAAAAACCACAACAUACAAUUUGGAUUUCCAUCUGUAAAAUGAAAACAUUCUUAAAAGGGAUGUUCCGGUGUGAGUUACAAUAAUGGAUUUGUUUUGGACAUUUUUCAAAAUCCUGUUCACGUACAGUAGCUGCACAGUAAUGCUUAUCUUUAGUAUCUGUUUUAAGUGUUUGUGGAGUGACCCUUUAAAGCUUUGACAUAUCGUUUUGCAGAGGCUUGCGUGCUAUCAGUUCAUCGGCCUAAGCCCCGAUAAGGGGCCGAGUCUUCAUCCCCCUUUCUUGGCCCCUGAACUCUAUAUCACUAAAUCCGUCCUAAAAAGGACCACUCAAGGAAAAGUCGACCAAAGCUCCGCCCCAGGCUGUACGACCCUAACAGUUAUUGUUAUCAGGGUCACUUUCACCCUCAGUGCAUCCCACAAUAUGCUACCACUGUUAUUUCACUGGCCAUUUAAAAUAGUGACAUUUCAUGUGUCGGGAUUUCUAAAUCGGCAACAUUCCAAUGACAGAUCCACCAUUAAUCACCACAAAACACAAAUUAUCUUUGUCUGUUAACACCUGUGCUAUCAAGCUGCCACCUCUUUGCCACUUUAACAGAUUCUGCUGCUUGAAUGAGCCUUAUUGUGAAGCCACUUUUCGCAAAUGAGCGGUUUCAGUGCCAACCAAGUCAGCCGUGGUUAUGGAACAGGAUUUGGUUGCUAUGUUACCUGGCAAUAGUUCUCGUUUGUUUCUAAAAUUUGCAACAUCUAGACAUUGUUACUGGCGUUGUUGGAUAUAGCUGAAAAA